AUGAAAGAGAAAUCGGGAGAACGUAAAGGGUGUUCAUACAAUGAAUUUAUGGCGUGUAAACUGCCAAUCUACAACGGGGAGGUUGACCCGAUAAUUUGCCAAAGAUGGUUGGGCGACAUUGAAGGGGUGUUUGAAAGGACCCAUUGCGAUGAAAGUGACUUCGUUGCUUACGGAACGGGUCAGUUGAGAGGGCAAGCCAAAGAUUGGUGGGAUAAUAAAAAGAAUGAAAUAGGGGCCGAAGCGGCAAGGGCCAUGUCAUGGGAAGAGUUUAAGAUGCCAUUUCUUAAACAUCAUAGUCCCAAGGCGGUCAUUAAUAAAAUCAAGGAAGAGUUCAUACAACUUAAGCACAAGGGCAAGACCAUAGACAACAUAACGGCGACGUUUAUGAAUAAGAUGAAGUUUUGCAAUGAAUUGGUAACGAAUGAAGAGCAAAAGAUAUACUAUUACUAUAACAUGCUGAGCGCCGAGUAUAGGGAGUUCAUAACUCCUUCAAAAUACGAGACCCUUACCGAGAUCAUAAAUGUUGCUCGGGAACGGGAAAUCGAGCUGAAGAAACAAGUUGAAAGGGGUGAGCGAAGGGCACAUGAUGUGAAUCCAAGCCCUACAAAGAAAGCUCGAACUGGAGAAUCGGGAAAGAAGGUGGAUGCUAAAGGUGGGUCACCAAGUUGUAAAGUAUGUGGGAAAGGGCACAAAGGAGAGUGCCGCUUCAAGGACAAACCGUGUCUUAUAUGUGGGAAGAUGGGGCACACGGCAUCUCUGUGUCCGGGUAAAGUCUCGGUUUGCUAUAAAUGUUAUCAGCCCGGCCACAAAAAGUCCGAAUGCCCGAACUUAAUUGAAAAGAGAGAUGUAAAAGAAUCGCCAGCAGAAGCUCCAAAGGCGAAGGCUAGGUCCUUCCAACUUACCGCGGCUGAGGCGAAAACAGAACCCAAUGUGGUCUAA